AUGCUCGAGGUAAUGACGGGCCGUCACGUCACCACCAAUUCUCUCGUCAUUGACUCCGAUGAAGAGGCGGGGCAGCACAUCCUUUCCUGGGUCCAGCAGCAGCUGGCUCAAUCGGGCAGCAGGGCGGUGGUGGCAUGGCUGCAGCAAGCGCGCAUGAACGCGCGGGAUGAUUUGGUGUUGAGGGUGGUGCAGCUGGCACUGCGGUGCACCGACAAGCAGAGUGCCGUGCGGCCGGCCAUGGGGGUGAUUGCAGCCGAGCUGGAGGCCGUGCUGGUGGAGCUGGGCGGGGAACGCAGAAAUGCCGGUGCCCGUCAGGUGGAUCUAGAGGUGGAGUCGCAGAAAAUGCCAGAUGCAGAUUUGGAUGCAGAGCUUGCUCGUGUGAACAGCCUGCUGUGA